CUAGCAUCCGACCAGACCUCACAAUAAUCCAGUCUUAUCGUACAUUCGUCUCAUUUUAUCCAGUUUGGGUUUACCCAGCUUCGUUGACCCUCAACAAUGGGGGACAUCAAAAACUUCCUGUAUGCCUGGUGUGGAAAGAAGAAAUUGACGCCCAGCUAUGAAAUCCGGGCGGCUGGAAAUAAAAACAGGCAGAAAUUCAUGUGUGAGGUACGAAUUGAGGGGUUUAAUUAUAUGGGAAUGGGAAACUCCACCAACAAGAAAGACGCCCAGGCCAAUGCAGCAAGGGAUUUUGUGAACUAUCUUGUCAGGGUGGGGGAGAUCAGUGCUUCUGAGGUGCCAGCUUUAGGGGUUAGUGUUCCUGAUAGUGGUGGUCAAGAAGGUGGUGGAUUUGGAACAUUGCCAGAGAGUGGUCCUUUACCUCCACAUUUAAUGGUCAAGGAAGAGCCAGGGAUCGAGCAGAGCUCAGGUCCUGUACCUGGGGUGACUGGUCUUGGAUACUCAGGACCUCAGAAAGCACAGUGGGAUCGUGGAGCGAACCUGCAGGAUUACUACAGCAGAAAGGAGGAACAGGAUGCACAAGCUACACUGGAGUCUGAGGAGGUUGAUUUAAAUGCUGGUCUGCAUGGCAACUGGACCCUGGAUAACGCUAAGGCUCGUCUAAAUCAGUUCUUCCAAAAAGAGAAAAUCCAGACGGAUUAUAAAUACAGCCAAGUGGGGCCGGACCACAACAGGAGCUUCAUUGCAGAAAUGACUAUCUUUGUAAGACAGCUGGGUAGAAAAAUCUCUUCACGUGAGCACGGCUCCAAUAAAAAGAUAGCGGCACAGUCGUGUGCUCUCUCCCUGGUCCGACAGCUCUACCAUCUGGGUGUCCUCGAAGCGUUUACAGGACAGUCCAAAAAGAAGGAAGGAGAAAGUGUGGAGGUUUAUAAUGUGAACAUCAGCGACGAUCUGGGACAACAGCUCCGGAGCGUCAUCCAAGAGCUCAACAUAUUCAUUCCUCCUCCUGACCCAAGUGGUCCAGUGUCUUUGAUCCAGGGAAAACUGGCCCACUUCGAGCCCUCGCAGAAGCAGAAUUUUGGAGGCGUGGUGCAGUGGUCUCCCCCUCAGGUCAACUGGAAUCCUUGGACCAGCAGCAACAUUGACGAGGGACCUCUGGCAUUCUGUACACCAGAGCAGAUAAGCACAGACCUACAAGGUGAGCUCAACUACCAGCUUGAACAAGACAAGUGUCUUCAGGAGAGGUUAAAUGAGCGACGGCAGCUGCCCGUCAAAAAAUUUGAGGAGGAGAUCAUGCGCACCAUCAACUCAAAUCCAGUAGUGAUCAUUCGAGGCGCCACGGGGUGUGGCAAGACCACCCAGGUGCCCCAGUAUAUUCUGGACCAGUUCAUCCAAGAAAGCAGGGCCUCUGAUUGCAACAUUGUCGUCACCCAGCCUCGGAGAAUCAGCGCGGUGUCCGUGGCGGAGCGGGUGGCAUACGAACGAGGUGAAGAUCUGGGGAAGAGCUGUGGCUACAGCGUACGCUUCGAGUCCAUCCUGCCCAGGCCUCAUGCCAGCAUCCUAUUCUGCACUGUCGGGGUGCUGCUGAGGAAGCUGGAGUCAGGAAUUCGAGGCAUUAGCCACGUAAUAGUGGAUGAAAUCCAUGAGAGAGACAUCAAUACCGAUUUCCUCAUGGUCGUCUUAAGAGACGUGGUCCAGGCUUUUCCCGAGGUCCGCAUCGUCCUCAUGUCGGCCACCAUCGACACCACCAUGUUCAGAGAAUACUUCUUUAACUCCCCCAUCAUAGAAGUCUAUGGACGCACAUUUGCAGUUCAGGAAUAUUUCCUGGAGGACUGCAUUCAGAUGACCCAGUUUAUUGCACCUCCAAACGACAGGAGGAAAAAAGAUAAAGACGAGGAAGGCGGCGAGGAGGAGGUGAACUGUAACCUUACGUGCGGUCCCGAGUACGGUCCGGAAACCAAGCGCUCCAUGGCUCAGCUAAACGAGAAGGAAACUUCAUUCGAACUGAUUGAGGCCCUGCUGAAGUACAUAGAGACACUGAAGGGUCCAGGGGCCGUGCUGGUCUUCUUGCCUGGCUGGAAUCUCAUUUACGCCAUGCAGAAACACUUGGAGAUGAACCCACACUUCGGAAGCCACCGCUACAAGAUUCUGCCCCUCCACUCGCAGAUCCCCAGAGAGGAGCAGAAGAGGGUGUUUGAGCCUUCACCUGAUGGAGUCACUAAGGUCAUUCUGUCAACCAAUAUAGCAGAGACCAGCAUUACCAUUAACGACGUGGUCUAUGUUAUUGACUGCUGCAAGCAGAAGGUGAAGCUGUUCACCUCCCACAACAACAUGACCAACUACGCCACAGUGUGGGCCUCCAAGACCAACCUGGAGCAGAGAAAGGGUCGAGCCGGUCGUGUCAGCCCAGGCUUUUGCUUCUGCCUGUGCAGCAGAGCACGCUUCGAGAGAUUGGAGACCCACAUGACUCCCGAGAUCUUCCGCACUCCGCUGCACGAGGUAGCUCUCAGCAUCAAGCUGCUCAGGCUGGGCGGUAUCGGCCACUUCCUGUCCAAAGCAAUCGAGCCUCCUCCACUGGAUGCUGUUAUCGAGGCUGAACACACCCUCAGAGCUCUGGAUGCCCUGGACACCAACGAUGAGCUGACCCCACUUGGACGCAUUCUUGCCAAACUGCCCAUUGAGCCACGUCUGGGAAAGAUGAUGAUCAUGGGCUGCAUUUUAAAUGUGGGAGAUGCCAUAUGCACCAUCGCGGCGGCGUCCUGCUUCCCAGAGCCUUUCAUCAGCGAGGGCAAGCGUCUGGGUUUUGUUCAUAGGAACUUUGCAGGGAAUCGUUUCUCUGACCAUGUGGCCCUGCUUUCUGUCUUUCAAGCCUGGGAUGAAGUCAGGAUGGGUGGUGAGGAUGCUGAAAGCAGGUUCUGUGACCACAAGCGGCUGAAUAUGUCCACUUUAAGGAUGACCUGGGAGGCCAAGGUCCAGCUGAAAGAUAUUCUUAUCAACUCAGGUUUCCCUGAAGAGUGCCUGCUGAAUCAGAUGUUUUCCAACAUGGGGCCGGACAAUAACCUGGACGUUGUGAUCUCCUUGUUGACCUUUGGUAACUACCCUAAUGUGUGUUACCAUAAAGAGAAGAGGAAAAUCCUGACCACUGAGGGUCGAAAUGCUCUCAUCCACAAGUCCUCUGUGAACUGCCCUUUCACCAACCAUGACAUGACCUACCCAUCACCGUUCUUCGUCUUCGGAGAGAAGAUUCGGACCCGGGCUAUAUCGGCCAAAGGAAUGACCAUGGUCAGCCCGCUUCAACUCAUCUUGUUCGGCUCUAACAAAAUCACCUCUGAUGGGGAGAUCGUUGAGCUUGAUGAAUGGAUCAAACUGCGUAUUCCGCAUGAAGUCGCCGGUGGCAUCGCUGCACUCAGGGCUGGAAUGGAGGCUCUGGUGGUGGAGGUGACCAAAGACCCCGAAUACAUCAGGAAUAUCGAUCCCGCCAACGAGCGGCUCCUGAAUACCAUCCGGCUCCUCUCCAGACCCUCGUCUGCAGGACUCAAUCUCAUGAUCAGCAAUCAACGGUUUGGAGAUGGUCCCAGACCUCCCAAGAUGUCUCGGUUAGACGGAGAUGGUGGCUUCAGGGGGCGUGGAGGAGGCUACAGAGGAGGUGGAGGAUACGGCGGCGGCGGCGGAGGAUACCGUGGUGGAGGAGGAGGAUACCGAGGAGGCAGUGGUGGGGGAUACCGUGGUGGCGGAGGGUACGGAGGGUCCGGCGGAUACAGGGGCGGAGGUGGAUACAGGGGGUCCGGAGGGUACAGAGGUGGUGGUGGAGGCGGAUUCGGGGGCGGCGGAGACGGAUUCGGAGGAGGUGGGCGGGGCUCUAAUAGAGGUGGUGGAGGCGGAUUUUGAGAUGCGAGCACAGUAUGUUAACGUGAAACCUUUUUCUCUUGCAUGCUACAGUAUGUGGCCAAAAUUAUGUGGACACCCCUCUUAAUGAUUGAUUUCAGGACUUUCAAACACACCUCUUGCUAUCAGGUGUGUACACUGAUCAGCCAUAACAUUAAAACCACCUCCUUGUUUCUACACUCACUGUUUUAUCAGCUCCACUUACCAUACAGGGACACUUAGUAGUUCUACAAUUACUGACUGUAGUCCAUCUGUAGUCCUCCUUUUACUCUGUUCUUCAAAGUGGAGUUUUUAUAUACCGUGUCCACUCACUGUCCACUCUAUUAGACACUCCUACCUAGUUGGUCCACCUUGCAGAUGUAAAGUCAGAGACGAUCGCUCUGUAGUGGUCCUGUGGGGGUCCUGACCAUUGAAGAACAGCAUGAAAGAGGGCUGACAAAGCAUGCAGAGAAACAGAUGGACUUCAGUCAGUAAUUGUAGAACUACAAAGUGCUUCUAUAUGGUAAGUGGAGCUGAUAAAAUGGACAGUGAGUGUAGAAACAAGGAGGUGGUUUUAAUGUUAUGGCUGAUUAGUGUGUAUAUACUGUUUUGGCAACAGUUUUAGGAAUGCCUUUUUGUUUUCUAGUAUGAUUCUGGGAGCUGGGCCACCAAAUAUUAAAGCCCAUGAUUUUGGAAUUAGACGUCCAUCACGCUCACGGUCAGGUGUCUACAUACUUUUGGCCACAUACUGUAUGUAAGCAGUAGUAUUUUUAAGAUGUCUAGCUGCAGAAUGCCAGUCUCUUCGAUUUAUGUUGUUGGCAUUUGUAGGUUGACGGGCACUUUUAGCCCAAUAAACACCCUCCAUUGACCAGACACAUGCCAGACACAGGAAAGCGUUUUAAUUUGUUUUGCUUUUUCAUUUCCAACCAACACUGAAAAGUCAGCACACAGAAAUGAAACCAGUGUCUCACGCCUGAAACGUUUUGCUUAAUGUACCUUGAAGUACCUUGUUCCUUUAGUUCAAACAUUCCUCAAUAAAACGUGUCGUUUGUAAACACUUCA